AUGUAUGCUGUGUUUCUCUCAGAAGUCCGUGCUGAUAUAAACCAAUAUGCCGAUGCCAUAAUAAGAACUCUCCACAUUUCUCAUCAUGGAGGAAACACCAAUGGGCGAGUCCAUCAAGAUAUCAUAAAAUGUGAUCGAAAGCGCCCAUGCUCACGCUGCAUCAAGGCUGGCACAGAAUGUAUCCUCAGCGGCAGUGGGGAGAAGCAGCGACCUAUAUCAAAAGGCUAUGUUCAAGCUUUGGAAGGCCAAGUGGCGUCUCUCGAAUUACUUAUCCGCAAACUUGCUGUUGCUGACAGUGCAGAGAGGGACGACAUGUUAUCCGAGAUCGCACUCUCACCACCAACUUCACUAGACAUGUCACAAAAAGCAACAACUGACCAUUCAAAGUCCAACACAGACCCUAAAGUAGUUGCUGCGCAGACAUGCAUGGCCGCCUAUUUUCAGUACCAAUACCAGUUCCACAUGCUCAUCUACCGGGAAUACUUCCUGAGAGACUACGACGUGGGAUCAGGGAAAUACUACUCAGAUGCUCUGCUCUUCGCCAUCUGUUCUCUGGGCGCCAUGCAGCUCGACGAAUUUCGCUCAGUCUCCGACAUCUUUGCUCACCAAGCUCAGCAACUCAUCUACGCAGACCUCGAUAGCCCGGAGCUUACUACUCUUCAAGCACUAGCUCUACUGGGAUACCGAGAGAUUGGCGUAGGUCAUACUUCAAAGGGCUGGCUUUUCGCUGGCAUGGCCUUUCGUCUCGCGCACGAGAUGGGUCUUCAUCUCGACCCAAACAACUGGGAUGCCUCAAGCGAGGGGACUUCAAACCGUGACACGGAAAUCCUGAGACGAGUUUACUGGGCCAUCUUCAUCGCCGAUAAGCAAUUGAGUCUCUACUUUGGAAGACCGCCAGCUCUACACCCUAGCGAGUCAGAUGUGCGUAACACGAUAAGACUACAAUAUCCUCCAGACUGGGAGGGGUUGCUCGAUACGUAUAUCUGUAAAGGGGCUUCUGCGACAGAAUUUGAAGACGGAGUCGCUCUUGUUGGUUCUUUCAUCUACCAGGCCGAGCUAUGCAAGAUCGCCCACCUGAUGAUCACCGAUCUCUUUGAGAACCGUCGAGGUAACGUGGAUGCGACUGUCGCUGCUACCAGAUCGCGACAGAUACACGUGUCCCUCACAAAAUGGCUUUCAAGUCUACCUGGGACACUUCACUGGAACCAAUGGACCGUCGGCAUAGUGCAGCCAUCUGUGCUCCGUAUGCACAUGUUGUUUCAUACAAUCAUGAUUAUCCUGCACCGGCCACCUUCUCACCUAUACGAAAAGCAGGGCAUCGCCGAAAGUGAAGACGUAGAGAUUUGCUACGAGUCGCUGCAAGCUAUACUCCGUCUGAUGCGGACAUACUCGCGACAUUAUCGCUACCGCUCACUGCCACUCGACUUUGUACAGACCCUUUCCACCGCAGCAGGUACCAUUAUGAUGAAGAGAUUCUUCCAGGGUGCAUCAUGGGAAGACUCAGACAUUGCACGAUCCCUCUCGACUGUGAUUGAUGCAAUGGAGGAAGUCCAACAUACCUGGCCAUGUAUGGGCGAGAUCAAAGACUACGUUGUACGAGCACGUAACGCACAGGUCGUGGUGCCUCCCGAGGAUCCCCUCAUUGGACCUGAUCUCAUGAACGGUCUGGAAUUGGAUCAUAAUGUCACGGCAGAUCUCAUGGCGCAAUGGGGCGAGGAGCUGGGCACUCUUGUGACGGAUGAGUUUUUGAGUAUGCAGCUUCAGGGCUCCGAACAAGGUGUCAUGGCGCCAUUUGAUUUCAACCAGCCACCUUUGGGCCCUCAAUAG